CUUCAUCUGAAUUGUUUGGCGCCGUUCGGACCACGGUUCUUCCAUAUACAGACGCGUUCUUCGAGGCCAGUAGGGUGUCGGUUGUGUGGGAUUCAUUGGGCCUUGCCAGGUAAUCAUUGGUACAUCACCUGGGCAAGUGAUGUUGACCUCAAAAGCUCUGGAGCUGAUCAGAGAGCUGAAGCGCUCGCCGGACAGCCUGCCACCAUAUAACGAGGAGUCGGUCCGCCUCGUGCUGCAGGAGGUCCGCGCGCUCUUCGACGACAACCGGCGUGACGUGGUGGACCUGGACGGCAGCGCCGGCAGCAACCUGUCGGUGGCUGUCUGGGUGCGACACGCGGCCAUCGAGCGCAACAGACGCUGCCUGCUCGCGUACCUGUACCACCGGCUGCGAAGCAUCGGAGCACUGCGCUGGAGCUUCGGCAGCGUGCUGCCGCCGGACGUGAAACAGAACCUGUCGGAAGCCGAGCUGGCCUGGUUCGGCAGCUACAGUCGCAGCCUAGCCGGCUACAUGCGCUCCAUCGGCGAGACCGGUCUCAACCUGACCGACGACCUACAGCCGCCCAAACACCUGUACAUCGAGGUGCGCUGCAUGGAGGACUACGGCGAGUUCGAGACGGACGAGGGCGACGUGGUGCUGCUCAAGAAGAACUCGAUUCACUUCCUGCCUCGCGCCCAAUGCCAGCACCUGGUGCGGCAGGGCGUGCUCCGUCACGUAGUGCACUGAUGACGUCAGACGAUUACGUCACGCGUGCAUAUCGCCGACGAUGCGAGCGAAGGACGCGCCCGAAGGCCGCAGUCGGCGCCGCUCAGGUGCGGACGUGCUUCGCUGCGCCGUAGCGCUACCCAGGAGGCGGCGCGUCAGCUGCUGACAUUCGUGGCGGCUGCUGACGUCACUCGUGGCGACUCGUGACGCCACGUGCCGAGUACCGCCGUGUGCGCCCGUGUCCCUACGGCGGAUUGCAGACGUCAGUGGACCACGAGCAUGGUGUUUCCCACGUUCGCCGCCCUGCCGCGGACGGCAGUGAUGACGCUGGCGCUGGUGGGCCGUCACAGCGGCGGCGUUCUCUUCCGCAUAAUCUCGCGCUGCGCCAGUUUGAAGGCUUGCGCGCCAUGGACUGCUGGGCUCGCGUUUGUCGGGCAAUAGCAUCGACUGCUGUUUGAGGGUGGUGGAGUCAUGAAGCGACGGUUAUUGCCAGUCAGCGUGACUAUGGCUUCCUCACUGUUUCGUUGCGUCAUAGGUUUGUUCCACGGAUGGACAGCCUGUCGUUGAAUCCUGAAAUUCACGCCUGCGCUUGUAGGCGGGAUGCACUCCAAGGUCUGCGCUGUAUGAUUGCUUAAGGUCGACGCGAAAAUACACCUGAU